AUGACUUCUAUCGGAACGGGCUACGAUCUUUCCAACAGUGUUUUCUCACCAGAUGGAAGAAACUUCCAAGUCGAGUAUGCGUUGAAAGCCGCUGAAAAUGGAGCGACUGCGGUCGGUAUCAAAUGCAAAGACGGUGUAGUAUUUGCUGUGGAAAAGUUGAUCACAUCAAAACUGCUGGUUCCCGGCAAAAACCGUAAGAUCCAAACUAUAGACCGCCACAUUGGGUGCUCCUAUUCCGGGCUGAUGCCUGAUGGAAGACAUCUGGUCGACAGAGCGCGUGAAGAAUCACAGAGUUUCAGAAAGACAUAUGGCAGCCCUAUACCACUAUCGGCCUUAGCCGACAGACUGGGACAAUACGUGCAAGCACACACACUCUACAACAGUGUAAGGCCAUUUGGAAUUACUGCGAUAUUUGGUGGUGUUGACGAGAAAGGAGCGCAUCUUUAUAUGCUUGAGCCCAGCGGGACUUAUUGGGGUUACAAGGGUGCAGCUACGGGAAAAGGCAGACAAUCUGCUAAAGCAGAAUUGGAAAAAAUUUUGGUAUCAAAACCCGACCUCGAUGCUAGGGAGGCUGUUAAGGAGGCUGCCAGAAUUGUUUUCCUAGCCCACGAUGACAAUAAGGAAAAGGAUUUCGAACUAGAAGUGAGUUGGUGCUCAGAGUCCGAAACAAACGGUCUUCAUAAACCAGUACCUCAGGAUUUACUGGAAGAAGCGAUCAACUUUGCCAAGGCUGAUAAUGGCGACAGCUCCGACAGUGAAGACUCCAGUGAUGACGACGGCAACGAAAACAAGAACGAAAAGGAAGAUGCCGAAGGUGACGUACAAAUAGAGUAG